UCUGAAAGCUUGGGAUCCCAGCCUGAACUCCACUUCUUAUGUUCAAAAAAGCAUCUGACACUGGCAUCGCGUCGCGCCGACAAGAUAGUUGCAAGUGGUUUCAUAGAAGCCAUACCAAAAGAAAUAGACGGCCUUCACCACUGGAAAUUUGAGGCAAUAUUCGAUCCAGAAGCUUUUGAGAUCGUAAUGAAGAUCAUUCAUGGAAAGACCCGUGACAUCCCUCGAACAGUCAAAUUAGACCUUCUGGCUGGAAUUUCUGCUGUCGUCGAUGACUUGGAAUGCCACGAUGCUCUUUGGUUCUUUGCCAAAGGAUGGCUCCUCAGUUUCAAGAAUCGCGCACCGAAACGGAUGAACAAAGAGCUCACCCAGCUUAUCCUCAUUUCGUUUGUUUUUGAUGACGCUGUCCUUUUCGAAACAUCAACAAAGACAGCCAUAACGUGCAAUACAGGUCUUGUGCCCACAUUCAACCUUCCAAUACGGCCAAACAUCCUCUGGGAAAUCGAGGAGAGGAGAGAAAAUGCCUUGGACAAGUUAAUUAAUGGCUUGUAUGACCUAGAACAACGACUA